AGUGAGGAUCCCGCCCUGUAAUGACUGUCAGAAAACGUUUCUCCGGAGAUGACUGACUUCACACACGCACCCAAUUUUUAUUAAGCCACGUUAAAGUGGAAGAUGCACAACAGGGACCGGGCCGUCUCGUUCCAGAGUCUGCCGGCUUUGAAGCGUCUGGCCUGAAGUAUACUGCGGCUUGUUUCUCAGUUGAUGUAUUGUGCUGAAUAUGUUGCGAUCAGACUAACCUAACAUGGAUCCUGAGGAGUUGGACCUGCAGAAUGACUACCGUUACCGUAGCUACGCAGCAGUCAUUGAGAAAGCGCUACGAAACUUUGAAUCUUCAAGCGAAUGGGCAGACCUCAUCUCCUCCCUUGGCAAGCUCAAUAAGGCUCUGCAGAGCAACCUUCGCUACUCACUCUUGCCCAAGAGGCUGAUCAUAGGGAAGCGUCUGGCUCAGUGCCUGCACCCGGCUCUCCCCAGCGGUGUGCACCUCAAGGCUCUGGAGACCUACGAGGUCAUCUUUAAAAUCAUAGGGACAAAAUGGCUGGCCAAGGAUCUUUUCAUUUACAGCUCUGGCUUGUUCCCACUGUUGGGUCACGCAGCCAUGGCAGUAAAGCCUGUGCUGCUCACGCUGUACGAGCGUUACUAUCUCCCACUGCAGAAGGCUUUGCUUCCCAGUCUUCAGGCAUUCAUAACUGGGCUCCUACCAGGCUUGGAAGAAGGACUGGAGGUCUAUGACAGGACCGACGCUCUGCUGGUCAAGUUGUCAUUGUUAGUGGGUCAGCAGGUCUUUUAUGGAGCGCUGUGGGGUAGCAUGCUGGUAACUCCCAUGGUCCGACUGCCGGCCUCUGUCUUUGUAGUCACCCAUUUUGACCGCAUGGCACCACUGAGUCAACAAACACACAUGUUGGGCUAUGGCCACCGUGCAGUGGUGAAGUCAGUUUGCCUUUCUCUGCAAGAUUCAAAUGUCUUGGUGCAGAGGAACAUGCUUGAAAUCUUGCUCUACUUCUUCCCUUUUGCCACAUGCCUGGACCCAGCAGACCCCAAUGUUGCUUUGAUUGCCGAGGACAUGAUUACAGUGGUGUCUGCAGCUUCCCUCACUCUACUCAGGAGAGACAUGUCCCUCAACAGGCGUCUCUACGCUUGGCUCCUAGGGACAGAUAUAAAAGGAGGAAUGGUGGCACCACACCCCACCCUCUCCACCACCAUGGAGGAGCACACAUCGUUCUACUUCAACACCUAUUCUAAAGAUUUCCUCGUUAAGGCUCUGAUCAACAUACUCAAACAGAAGGAUGUGGACAGUAACCCAGAAAGUGUGAUCCAUUACCUUAGGCCUUUUCGCAUCAUUGUCAGUCUGCUUGAUAAACCAGAGAUAGGUCCGGCUGUCUUGAGCUGUGUGUUGCUGGAGGUAGUUCGAGCUUUCCACAGCUACUGUCGGGAGGUGUUGGGGGAGGAAAACACCAUUAAUGUAGGACUCUCAGGCAACCAACUUGCCAGUAAGAUAAAAGAGAACAAAAAUGCAUCAGAGAUCAUAAAGACGAUGAACAUGCUCAUCAGCUCCAUGAACAGCGAAUACCUGUGGGAGUACAUGACUCAGCGUUUCUGCACAUCUCUCAGUGACAAAGAUGAUCCAUCCGCACCUCCUGAACCUCCUGCUCCUUCUGUCACAGAGAUGUCCAACCUCAUCAUUUUCCUGCUUGAUGUUCUUCCUUUGGAGCUCCAUGCUGACAUCCAGUCACAUCUGCUCCCUGAGAUGCUGGGCACAAUGCUGCAGACCCUGUACCGCCACAUGGACUCUGUUUGCCUUGAAGAUGUCACACAGGGGCUGCGUGCAUGCUUCAAGGUUCUGAGUAAGAUCCAGAUGCCUGUAGCUUACAUGGAUGUUGAUGCAGUAGCAAACACAGAGGAGAUGGCAUUACAGUCUCCAGAGAACGAAAGCUCAAAGACACAAGAUAUGGAGACUGAAGGAGAGAAAGAUGGCAUAAUUAAUGGACAACGAGAAGAUGAAGAAGAGAGCCGAACUGGAGGAGGUGAGGCAGAGUCUGCAAGUGGUUCUUACUCAGCUCUGAGAUCUGAAGACAGUGGACUGGGCAUCAGCGCCUCACCAUCAGAGCAGCAUCUGCCACUGGGGAUGAGUAAGGGAGCUGAGGGGUAUGGAAUUAGCAAAAAUGGUGAAGGCGUGUGGAGAAGAGGAGGCAGCAUAGACACCAUGUCACAGUGUCUGCAGGACAUUCUGGCCUUUAUAACCACGAGAUUCUUAUUGGUGCAGGUGGAGGAUGUUAAAGGACCUGAUGAAGAGCUUCAGUGUAACCAAAGUCCUGCCUCUCUGGAUCAGAAUAUACUGUUAGGUGGAAGAGAAAUCAAAAACAAAUUGACUGAAUUGUUUUCUCCAAAUAAACUGAAAGCCAAAGCCUCCACUGAAGCCCAGCUUCCAGCCUCACCCACUGCAAAGAAAAAGGGGCAUGGACAUUCAGGAUGUCUGGACUGGGCAGCAGGGUACAUGCCCCGCGGAAGAGCCGAGAUUUCGGAGGCAUGUCGACAGGCCUUUGUUGCCACCUGCCACCUUCUGCUGGAGUGCACCACCUUCCCUGUCUACCUAAGUGAAGAGGAGACUCUUGCUCUCUAUACAGACAUGUUUGGUCACACAGGUGGAGAUGUUGAUAGUCUACCGGUGUGGCUGAGGUCCUUGAUGACUCUGUGCUGCAUGUCUAGGGACUACAACAUUCAGCACACUGCAGUGGCUUCUUUGCUGGAACUCAUUAACCACUCCCAGUCCUUAGCACUGGUCAUUCAGGACAAGCACAGACGUUACCAGAACUGUGACUCCAACCCUCUGAGUGGGCGGCUGCAGAUGGUCACUGUUCCCCCUAUCUAUCCAGCCCUGCUUCAUGCCGUAGAAGAAAGCACUGACUUCUAUCAGAGGGUGUCCCAAGUACUGUGGAGUCAGCUGGACACAGAGCGGAGAGAGCAGCACAUCUCCUGUGUGGACCUGUUUUACAGGCUUCAUUGUCUGGCUCCAUCAGCAUCCAUCUGUGAAGACAUCAUCUGCCAAGCACUGCUGUACAAAGACAAAGCAGUCAGGCUGGAAGCACUUCAUCGCUUCACAGUGCUAUGGCACCUGACCCGGGAGAUCCAGAACAACAGGACCAUGUCCCACAGUCGCUCUUUUGACCGGUCUCUGUGUGUUGUGGUGGACAGUUUGACCUGCACUGAUGGCUCAAUAAGUGCAGCAGCUCAGUGCUGGCUGGUUAGAGCUCUGUCCCUUAAUGAUGUGAUUCGAAUCCUGGAACCGAUCCUAUUGCUUCUGCUUCACCCGGCCACUCAGCGCUGCUCCAUUCAGAACAUAAAACAAAAUCUUACCGCUCGUAACCUGAAGAGUCUAAACAGCAGGACUCGAAGUUCCUCUAAAUCAUCUGGAGACACCGCAGCAGCUGGUAUCACUACCUUUAAUGUUCUGAACAUUGUGGACCGAGAAGCUCUGUGGGCAGAGCUAGAUAGUGGCCCAGAACUGGCAAAUCCACAGGACAUGUUAGUGGCUUCAAGGAGUGAGAGUGAAGAGACAGAAGAAGCGGAGGAUAGGGAGGAGGAGGAAGAAGCUGAGAGUGAACACACAGAGUCAGCUGACACCAGCUGUGCCCAAGUAUCUACAGAGAACUCCAGUUCAGGAUCUGCUCCACACAGCAGCACAGAGGAAGGGGGUAUGGUCAAUGGUCUGCGGAGGGUAGAGUCCGAGCAUACGCAGGCAUCAGAUUCACUGUCAAGUGAAGAAGAAGAGGAUUUGGAGCUGGAAGCAAUGGCCAGGUCGCGUCAAUUAAAGCAGGAACGUGAGAAGAGAGAAGCCAUAGACUCUCUGUUCCGCCAUGUGCUGCUGUACCCUGUGGCAGGUGGCUGGCGCCCUCUCCUCCAAGGCUUGUCGCUGCUUGAUAGCCUGCUGAGGAGCAGCGCUGAGUGCCCUCUAGUGGAUGCCCUGACCUCCACUUCACUGGACACAAGCUCUGCUGCACAUUUAAACCUGGUUUCUAACCUUCUACAGCGCCAUCAACAGGCUCAGGAUGGCAAAUGCUUCUACAGUUGCCUGCUCUCCCCCUCGUCCAUGCCUUCUGUACCCCCGUCACUGCUCAUUGAACUGCUGGUGUCCCUGUGCCUACGAUUCCUGCGAUCUCAUUAUCCCUCCUAUCUGAACCUGACUCCUCUUGACUUGCAGGGGAACAGGGAGGUUCAGGUGAAGAGUGUGGCUGUCCUGACUCGGAUAGUGAACCAGCUCGGCUGCACAGCACGAGGACAAGAUGGCAACAAAACAAAUCUGGAAUCCAUCCGCAGACUCCUUUCAGGCUGCAAAGUGCAGCAAAACGCUCUGCUAUCUCUGUCUGCAUCUAUGUACAUUAGCCAGAAGGGAGCAGAAAAGGGAGCAUCCAAAAGUGUGGAGCUGCUAGAUGAGGAGGGAGGCCCGUCCGAGGAGAGUCUGGUGAAUCUUGGUGCAGGAGGGGGACAGGAGCAAUACCCCUUGCAAAUAGAGUUACUCAAGCUGCUUCAGGCUCUCAUCGUGCUGGAAAGCCAUGUGUGGCCAGGUGGGGUUGUCCCAGCAGCAGGCGGAGCAUCUGGCCAGCUUGGGGAGCUUCGUGAAUCCCCAAGUGCCAGCACUCCUCUUGCUCGUGAGUGGCAAACUGCUGUCCUUUUCCAGCAGUCCAUAAAAGCAGCUCAGUAUGUCCAGAGCCACCCCAUUACAGCUCAAGGGAUGUUUGUUUCUGCUGCAGCCAGGGCUCUGCAGCCUCAGUAUGGGUAUGCCAUGCACCCCCACUGGGUCUCCCUGCUGUGCUCCUCUCUGCCAUACUUGGGACGCUCUUUAGGAAUCAUUGUGGCUCCACUCAUCAGUCAGAUCUGCAGAAACUUGGAUGAAUUAGUCAAGCUGUAUGAGCAUGAUGGAGGGAAGACUCACCAGAGCUUGAGUGGCAAAAAGGAAAACAUUGCUCCUGACUACCCUCUGACUUUGCUAGAGGGCCUGACCACCAUCACACACUAUUGCCUCCUGGACAACAAAAGAUCCCUCGUUGCCUGUGAUCCUGUGGAUGUCCGCAAUGCACGCAAUGCUGUGAUUGAGGCGCUGCCGCACAUGCUCAAUAGCAUGGCAUCGUUGUGGGGUGUGAUCAUGAAGGAGGAAUUUCAGCGGCGUGCAUCUGACUCUACACAGAGCAGCAGACACACUUAUACUUCUGUCUUUUUUAAAUGCCCCAAGAUCCUGCGACAGCGGAUACUGGAGUUUCUCCUUCCUCUAACCGGACCGUAUGGGGUUCAGCUGAUGGCUUCAGUGGGAGUGGUAUGGAGCAAUAGAAAGAGCAAAAGACGACAUAAAAACAAAGUUUUACCCAUGGCCAGUGAGUCUCGUUUAACCAUUGUGGAUUUGGUGAAAUCACUCAACACCUUGCACACAGAUACUAUCUUACAGUUGGUCAAAGAGGUUGUGAAGAAACCACAUCAGAUCAAAGGAGAACAGUUAAUUGUCUUUUCUCUCCACCAGAAGUCGACCCUGGUCGAUAUCCCUAUGUUGCAGUUCAGCUAUGCUUACAUCCAGAGUAUUUCAGCUCAGGCUCUGCAAGAAAACAUUGCUCCUCUCCUCAGUCUGUUACGAGAGUCUGUUCAGCUCAACCUGGCCCCGCCUGGGCACUUCUUACUGCUGGGAAUCCUAAACGACUUCGUCAAUAGGCUUCCCAACCUGGACAGUAAGAAGGACUCAAGAGAUCUACAGGAAGUGACUCAGCGGAUCCUUGAAGCAGUUGGUGGGAUCGCAGGCUCAUCUCUGGAGCAGACCAGUUGGCUCAGCCGCAGUCUUGAGGUCAAAGUGCAGCCACAGGUGUGCCCAGAAGCAGAUGAGCCGGAUGAAGCAGACAUGGAUGGAGAUCACUGUGAGUCAGUGGCUCAAGCUAGCACCAUGGUGUCCUCCUCUGCUCCCUCAGUUUACAGCGUGCAGGCUCUUGUACUGCUGGCUGAGAUCCUGGCACCCCUUCUGGACAUGGUUUACCGUAGUGAUGAAAAGGAGAAAGCUGUUCCUCUCAUCUCACGCCUCAUGUACUAUGUAUUCCCCUACCUGAAGAACCACAGUGCCUAUAACAUGCCCAGCUUUGAAGCGGGUGCUCAGCUGCUGAGCAGUCUCAGUGGGUAUGCCUACACCAAAAGGGCCUGGAGAAAGGAGGUCUUUGAGCUCUUCAUGGAUCCUCUCUUCUUCACCAUGGAUGUCUCCUGUGCACACAGUUGGAAAUCCAUUAUCGACCAUCUGCUGACACAUGAGAAGACCAUGUUUAAAGACCUCUUGAGCAUGCAGAGUGGCUCCCUGAAACUGUUCGCUGGUGCUGACCAGAAACCCAUGCUACUGAAACGGCAGGCAUUCGCCAUGUUCAGUGGUGAACUCGACCAGUAUCAUCUCUACCUGCCACUCAUUCAAGAGCGUCUUACAGAGACUUUGCGUAUGAACCCGAGCCCUGCUGUUUCAGCCCAAAUGUUCCUGAUGUUUCGUGUUCUCUUGUUGCGGAUUUCAUCCCAACACCUGACUUCUCUCUGGCCUAUAAUGGUCACAGAGCUUAUACGCACUUUUGCACGUCUUGAGAAAGCUCUGCAGGCAGAGAAAGACAUUUCAAAGCUGGCUAAAGUGGUGCGUGGAGCCCUCGAUAGAAAUGGGCCAGUGAACUUCUCUCAGGCGGAGUUGAGCAUGUACCUGUCAGCCUGCAAGUUUCUGGAUACUUCCUUGGCUUUUCCCCCAGAGAAGAUGCCACUCUUUCAGAUGUAUCGCUGGGCAUUUGUCCCAGAAGUGGAUGUAAACCAGUACGAUGGUCCAGAGAAUGCACUGAUAGAAGGUGAACAGGAAUGUACACCACAUGUCGUCAGAGUGCUGGAAGGGAUACAGCAGCGCUUUGGGAUGCUGAAUGGACUGAGUGAGGAGUCCACCACAGAGCACUUGGAGUUCCCUCUUCUCACUCAGCGCUCCCUGUCCUCCAUCACCCAGCUUUUGCCUUUCUUGCGCAUCCUUUGCUGUUCCUUCCAGGGCCCUCCACCUUGCAGCCAAACUAUGUCCCACUUCCCUGUAGCAGACUACCCAGCAGCCAGUUCACACACUGUCCUGAAGAAGCUGGAGAUCAUCACUGAAGAAGAGUUCCUGGACUCCAUGGAGAAUUAAAAACUGAGCUUUUUGACCUGCAGGCAUGUAAGAAGAAAAAAUUAAAUGGGCACAACUUGUGAUAAUGUCCUGUGAGCUAGUAAAAGAUAAAAGGAAAUGUUUUGGAAUUUCGCUUUUUAAUGUUUUAAUUUGUGUGAUCACCACAUGUAUACAGGUACCUAUGAGGUGUUUUCACACUGAAUCUGGACUGGAAAAAUAAAGGGAGUUUAUGGUCGUUGAUCCAAUUAUCUUUUUAAAUCUGAAAGAUAUGCUAUACUAAUUACAAAUUACAGGGGAAUGCACUUUUCUUGUCCAAGAAGGAGUUUCAUCUCAGCUUCAGGUUAUUCACACUUUUUCUCUUUAUAUGAUAGUUGGCAAAAAUAAACCAUAAAAGGCAGUUAGGUAAACCAACUUUUUUUCUUGUCUUUAUAAGGCAUGCACCUUAUAAUAAUAAUAAUAAUUCCAGUGAAAGGUUUUAGUUUGACAAACAUCAGAUUUACUGUGAAGAAUCUUAAGUCUUAAUAGCUUUUUCUAUUACUCUAAUUAAGUGAAAUCUGUAUUUCAAUGUUACAUAAGUCUGUCUGACUCUGAGAAUGUAAAGGCUAAACAUCUUGUUGAAAAUUUAUAUUGAUUUAUGUUAACAAUUUUAUUGGUAAAUUACUGGAAAUGCUUUGUGUACACCAGGAAAACCCAUUGAAAUUUCGAGUGUGCUUCAAUAUGCUCGAUAUUUUGGUGUUCAAGGGAAAUUAGCCUUUCUUUGUAGUUGUUCGUGGAUAGUUUUACAGCUGAUUCUUGUUUUUUUUUCCACAUGUCUGAACGUUUGCUUAAAUUAUUUUGGAUGUUUAAAGGACCAUGUCAAGUUUAGAUGCAACAGAAAGACUUAUUAAAUAAAAUUCAACUUAA